AAUCAUUGUUAUGCAUAGUCAUUUACCUCCAUCUAAAGGUAUUGCUCAGCACUGUCGCACGCUGCCUCACGGCUUGGGUCAUAGUGAAGUGGUUGCUCCCCACCUUGGCGCUCCACAUGGAUGUGGCGGCUCAAUAUAACCCGGCAAUGACCUACCCGCCACACGUGGUUGUCGUGCGUUUUAAACGCAUUCGCGAAAGAGUUGAAGGAAGAAAACCCGGAAAGGUGCAUGUUUCAUGCCACGCGAGCGGUUGUGAAGAAGGCAAAGACACCCAUCCGCAGAUUCUGCAUUUGGAGAAGACAUUCUCAACCUUCAUUCCACUUGCCAUGUUCCGAGAAAACAUCGUCCUCGCGUUAUGCGCUGCAAUCGCCAGCGCGUACGCCCUUCCUUCCUCUUUUCAAGCCACGAAUCCAUGCCCCACGGACACCGAGAUGGCGUGUUUCGACGUCAUCAACUCAUCGCUCUGUUUGUCGCAGAAUGCAUCGCGUAACGGGACGGCGGCGCAAAUGGCAGCGUGCGUGGACUAUCCAGGAGGCAUGAGCGAUCUGCCAGGGUCUUCAAAGAUUGUAUUUAGUACCGUAGCACUAGAGGCUCACGAGCGCCCGGGUGCCAAAUUAGGAUUUAACAACGAAGCCAAAAUCUUACGGGACGUUAGUCAUACCGGACACUCAUUACUUGCCGGGUCAGGUAAGGAUUGGUGCCUCAAGAGCUGUCUCGGAGGUGAUAUCGUCCUGCGAGUACUUCUAAGUGUGGGCGCACAUGCUUGUCUCGAAGAGGCAACGCGAAGGUUUAAGUCAAGGGUCGAGCAGGGUGGUUGCGGCGGCAGCGCCAGCGUCGUCUACCAAGGAAUUAGCCCGGACAAUUGGACCAUAACAACCUACGCAUGGUCCGAUGGCUCUUUUACCAACAUCGCGCAAAGAGAACUGGCCUGUGGCACGACCAACACGUUCUUAGGGGCCACAGGCAGAUGGUAUACUGUAACUUCUUACUACCUCGGCGAUAAUGGUAGGAAGGUUGCGAGUGAGGCUCCUCUCACGAACAUGUGUGCCGCCGAGGACAAAGACUGUCACGAGUCGCACAAGCCUGAUGCAUUGAUUCUCGCCGAUGGGAAGAAUUGGAGUCACGUUGAUGUGUCGAGCGAUGAGCUUAUUGAGUUGCUCGAAAUUGCCAAUGAUGCAACCACUGCCGCGGCCUAG